AUGUCAUCAGUAACCUACAAAGGCUGCUACACCGUAAGGCCUAUGGAACCAACAAAGUGUGAACGCGUACCUUUAUCUGAAUGGGAUCAAAUAGGCACCAUAACUCACGUUCCCACAAUCUACUUCUACCGUCCCACCUCACAAGACAAAGACAACGUUAACACCGUUGCUUCCACCUUGAAAGACGCAUUAAGCAGAGCCCUAGUGCCGUUUUAUCCACUAGCUGGUCGUUUACAUUGGAUAAACAAGGGUCGUUUAGAGCUUGAUUGCAACGCCAUGGGGGUUCAUUUCAUUGAAGCUGAAUCCUCACUAACCCUAGAAAAUCUCGGUGACUUUUCACCCUCUUCAGAAUACAACAACCUUGUCCCCAACGUAGACUACACCCUCCCAAUUCACGAGCUACCCGUGGUUCUCAUUCAACUAACUAACUUCAAGUGUGGUGGUUUUAGCAUUAGCUUAAAUACUUCACAUGCUGUUGCGGAUGGACCAAGUGCAUUGCACUUCUUGUGUGAGUGGGCAAGGCUUUCACGCGGUGAGCUUCUUCAAACGGCGCCGUUAUUCGACCGGACCGUGUUUCGUGCCGGAGAGCCUCCUCUGAUGCCACUAACGGAGUGUCGCGUUCACAAGGAUCAGUUCAUUCACCCUCCGUUGUUGCUCGGCCAAACCAACAACACAGAAGAAAGGAAGAAAAAAACCACAGUGGUUAUUCUCAAAAUGACCAAAACACAAGUUGAGACACUGAAAAAGACAGCGAAUGAGAGUAACAGUGGUCAUGCACGUGGUUACACUCGUUAUGAGAGUGUGACUGGUCAUGUGUGGAGAACUGCAUGCAAGGCAAGAGGGCACAAAGAGGACCAACCAACCGCGCUAGGUGUUUGUGUUGACUCGAGGAGUCGCAUGGAACCUCCUUUGCCAAAAGGAUAUUUUGGGAAUGCAACUUUGGACACUGUUGCUACUAGCCUUGCUGGUGAUUUGGUGUCAAAGCCAUUAGGGUAUGCGUGUAGUAGAAUAAGAGAGGCGAUUGAGAGGGUUACUGAUGAGUACGUUAGGACGGGGAUUGAGUUCUUGAAGAAUCAAGAGGAUUUGAGUAGGUUUCAAGAUCUAUAUGCAAUAGGGAGUGAGAAGGGUCCUUUCUAUGGGAACCCUAAUCUUGGUGUGGUUAGUUGGUUAACGUUGCCUAUCUAUGGCGUUGAUUUUGGGUGGGGGAAGGAGGUUUAUAUGGGUCCGGGGACACAUGACUUCGAUGGAGAUUCUUUGCUUCUUCCUGGUCCAGAUGGGGAGGGGUCUGUGCUGCUUGCUUUGUGUCUUCAAGUGCCGCAUAUGGAUACGUUUAAGAAGCAUUUUUAUCAAGACAUUAAUGUGUCAGAAUCAUGCCAAGAUUGAUAAAUUGGAGAAAGACACUUGCAUGCAUGCAGCAAGCAGAUACAAUUUGCAACACGUACAGCUUCUCGAUCAACUUAAAAUAACCAAGCUAAAUAAGAUGAGGAGAAACUAAUUUAAUCUCA